UGGCUGAAUCAGGUUCACAAAGAGAGAGACUAUAUGGGCCUGUGCUGAUGCACUAUGUUAUGUCUGAUAGACUGACGUUUCAUUGUGCUGAACUCAGGGAAAGAGAGAGCAACGUACUGUGAGGCAAUACAGCUACGGAGAACACCGCGGAUUUGGACGGUCAGAACUGAGGUGCUUUACGGAGAUCCAAAAAGGUCUGCAUGGGUACUGAGAACACAUCAGGGCUCCUACCAACCUCUCUACUUCCUAAAGGCCCAUUUCCCUACCGGGUUCCACCCAAACCCCAGCCCAGAUGGGAACGAUGGCACUGGGCCACAGACACUGUAACUGUCCUGAGGAACACCUGUACAGGUGAAGCAGGGGACCAUGGUCAGGAGAAGGGACAACUGACCAGGAACAAGUCCAUACCACCUCUCAUCAAUAGCCAGGGGGACUCUAUUUCGUCUGAAGUUAUGACCUCAGGCUCUUCCAGGAUCCAAUCUGCAUCUUCAACGACACCAGCGGAGGAACAGUGGGCUUCCAUCAGAUUCACACCUGUUCCAAAGCCUCCUCUCAGAGUCGGACCAACACCAGCAGAGGAACAGUGGGCUUCCAUCGGAUUCACACCUGUUCCAAAGCCUCGUCUCAGAGUCGAACCAACACCAGCAGAGGAACAGUGGGCUUCCAUCGGAUUCACACCUGUUCCAAAGCCUCCUCUCAGAGUCGGACCAACACCAGCAGAGGAACAGUGGGCUUCCAUCGGAUUCACACCUGUUCCAAAGCCUCCUCUCAGAGUCGGACCAACACCAGCAGAGGAACAGUGGGCUUCCAUCGGAUUCACACCAGUUCCAAAACCUCGUCUCAGAGACGGACCAACACCAGCAGAGGAACAGUGGGCUUCCAUCGGAUUCACACCUGUUCCAAAACCUCGUCUCAGAGACGGACCAACACCAGCAGAGGAACAGUGGGCUUCCAUCAGAUUCACACCUGUUCCAAAACCUCGUCUCAGAGACGGACCAACACCAGCAGUGGAAGAGUGGGCUUCCAUCAGAUUCACACCUGUUCCAAAGCCUCCUCUCAGAGUCGGACCAACACUUAACCCACACAGCAGAGACUCAGGUCUGGCAGCAGGACAUAUGGAGAAGCCCUUAUGCUUACAUACCAACCCCGUCCAAAGACUUCCUCCCCCUAACAAGCCCCUCCCAACUUUAAAAAUAAACAGUAUUGUUCAGAGAAUGGUCCACAUGAACACUGAGAACAGAAGCAGUGGAUCCAUGGUUGUCAUUGACACUGAGGGCUCAGGAGUGGAUUUGCAUUAUACACAGCUUCCAAGAGGCAGCCGGGAGAGGCUGAACACUGCUGUGACAGACAAGCUGAAAGCAAACUGCAGAGAGAAAAACGGUUUAUUAGAAACGUUGUGGCAGGAACGCAAACUGGUGCAAGAGAGCGGAAUACUGCCGUACCUCAACAAGCAAGAGCUGCUGCUACAGGAGAGUAUGUAUGAGGUGGUGACGACAGAGCAGUCCUACCUGGAGAGGCUGGGUGUCGCUGUGAACCAUUUCAUGAAGUCAUCUACCCUGCGUCUAGCCCUGUCACCCAGAGACCACAAGUCCCUUUUCUCUAGUAUUGCCAAGAUCAGGGAGAUUAGCCAGAAAUUUUUAGAUGCGAUGAAGGAGGAGCUGGAGUCUAACCUGCUAUGUGACAUGUUGUGUGAUGUCAUCCAUCGCCACACCAGCAGCCACUUCAGUGCCUAUGUGGACUACAUCCGUAACAUGCCUUACCAGGAACAGACCAUGCACAACCUGGGGAGGGAGAACCCCCAGAUCAUGGAAAUAUUAAGGGAGCUACAAGACGACCAACGCUGUUAUCGUCUGCCCCUGAAGUCCUUCCUGGUCCUUCCCUUUCAGAGGAUCACACGACUCAAGAUCCUCAUAGAGAACAUUUUGAAGAGUACAGAGCGGGGGUCAGAGAGGCAGGUGUCUGCAGAGAAAGCACUGAGAGCACUCAUAAAGGUAGUUGAGGCCUGCAAUAGGGAGGUGGGGAGGAUGAAGAUGAUGGAGGAAAUCGUUCACAUCGCCAACAAAACUGAGUUUGAAUGCAAGGCCCUGCCCCUGGUGUCUUCCUCUCGCUGGCUUGUCAGACAGGGGCAACUAGCUCAGCUGUCAGAGAAAGAAAACAUCUUUGGUCACCGGAAACUCUGUCACAUCUACCUUUUCCUCUUCAAUGACCUACUGCUGGUGACCACUAGGAAAGGCAUGGAUCGGUUUGUGGUGCGGGAUCAUGUCCACCGUUCCCUGAUAGAGGUGAGUGAAGGACUGGAGGAGAAGGAGGAUUUGGUGUGUGCUUCAUGGGAGAGGAUGUUCUGCCUCGCUCUGCUGAAGAACCAGAGGGGAACAACAUCUCAGUUCCUGCUGCAGGCCUCCACACAGGCAGAGAAGAUAACCUGGAUGGAGGUGUUGAGUCAUCGAGUGGACGGGAUGGAAGGAAUCUAUGAAGAAUGGGACUGUCCUCAGGUACGAUGCACUGAGGUCUACGUAGCACAGCAGCCAGGGGAACUGAGUGUACAGCUGGGUGAUACCAUCAACGUCAUACAGAAAACUGCUGAUGGUUUCCUAGAGGGCAGGAGACUUGUGGACGGUGAGCGGGGCUGGUUCCCAGAUUACUGUGCGGUGCAGGUCACCAAUGAGUACGUCCAGAGAAAACACCUCAGGCAGCGCUACCAUGUUUUACAGACUGCCAACCGCAUCCUGAACAGACGGCACACUGUUCCCCAGGCAACUGCCUGCUUCAGAUAGAAAGGUCUUUCUGAAUGAGGUCUGCAUCUCAAAUGGCACCCUAUCUAUCCCUUAUAUCAGGGCGUUCACAAUAAUUAGACGGUUGAUAAACUGAAUUAGGUUAGUUUCAAAUGGGGUUGGAGUGAAAACCUACAGGAGGGUAGCUGUCCAGGAACAGGGUUGGAGAGCCCUGGUGUAAACCUACAGGAGGGUAGCUCUCCAGGAACAGGGUUGGAGAGCCCUGGUGUAAACCUACAGGAGGGUAGCUCUCCAGGAACAGGGUUGGAGAGCCCUGGUGUAAACCUACAGGAGGGUAGCCAUCCAGGAACAGGGUUGGAGAGCCCUGGUGUAAACCUACAGGAGGGUAGCUCUCCAGGAACAGGGUUGGAGAGCCCUGGUGUAAACCUACAGGAGGGUAGCUGUCCAGGAACAGGGUUGGAGAGCCCUGGUGUAAACCUAUAGGAGGGUAGAUCUCCAGGAACAGGUUUGGAGAGCCCUGGUGUAAACCUACAGGAGGGUAUCUCUCCAGGAACAGGGUUCGGGAGCCCUGGUGUAAACCUACAGGAGGGUAGAUCUCCAGGAACAGCGUUAGAAAAGCCCUGGUGUAAACCUACAGGAGG